CGCGAUGCCUAAUAAAGAAGCACCCACUUCUCAAAGACUGCCAUUGUAUUCAAAAGAACGCGUCAGCAAUGAUGACCGGGUCAUUUCCAGCAACCCUCGUAGCGUUUCUAAAAGACAUGCCAUACGUUCAGUGACAUCCCAAAUGAUCCGGACAUGCCUCCCCAGACCAAAGUCGCCUGGCACCAGCUAGGACCGACCAGCGCAGGAUUUUCCAAGGGGGAUAUCGAGUUUAUGAAAAUAGAAGAAUACUUACGAAUCAAGUGGCCGUGUUCGGACCCCAUGCCCGCACCGUUUGACCCGAUAAAAUUAGAAGCUGUGAUGCAGGCCCGGUUCAAGAGUCGCAAUAAAGAUAAAGGCACGACUGGGAUCAAUGCUACGGAUUCACCAGGAAACGAGGCCGGGCCACCCGAUUUAGACGCUGAGGGGCAAUCCCGGAUGGACGAACAGGUGUCAGAUGUAAUCUACCCCGAGGAAGCAAACAUCUCCGUCGCAUCCGUGUUCGCAGGUGUACCACUUCCUAAGCCAAUAGACUCGGGCGAGCAAUUCGAAGGAUACGACAUGGAAGUAACCUUGGAAGCUGCAUCAUCAGGAAACAUCUCACAGGUGAGUCUGAGUCAUGGCGUUCAGCCUAUGGCGGCUGAUAUGAUCUACUUGGAACCGGAACCGGAACCGGAGCCCGAGCCGGAGUGGGAGCGGGAGCGGGAGUUGAAGCCCGUUCGACGCGGGUCGGCUCCGCGCGUGGGCUCUGGAUCCAAACCACCGCUCUCCAGAAGUGCAUUCUCCAAUGCUCCGAAGCCAUGUGCCAAGGACAGAUAUCUAGACAAAAAGCCCUGCUUGACUUUGGCAGGAUAUCCGCGACCGCCUAGAUAUUUUCCCUUCAGAAGCAAAAUAGGUUCUAAUAAAUGAUGAUGAUGA